AUGGAAGAACCUGCUCCCUUGCGCUGGUCAAGCGCGCUACCUGUCGUGAAUCCCUCCAUAAUAGCAGCCAAGAAUCUGCGAGGCGACAAGAUUCUUCUUCCCCAAUCUGCUCUCGAGCAACUCCUAGCCGCGGCGCGAUCUCGACCCUCCUCGACGACUACCGGCCGAUCAGACCCAUGGUCUUACACGUCCUCCACCCAUAGCGAUGUCGAUAGCGCACAGCAACUUCCGAAUCCCCUCAUAUUCCGAUUAGUCAACCCCAAGAACAAAAAUGCGGUCUUUGCAGGCAUCAGAGAGUUCUCUGCCUCAGAGGGUACCUUGGGGUUAAGCCCCUGGUUAACAGAAGCGUUGGGAAUUCAGGAAGACGAGUUUGUGUCGCCGAAAGAGGCCAUAGAUGUGGGACAAGACCCGGCACAACAAGAAAGCGAACAAAUGGACGUUGACGGCAUUCAUAUCAAGGUUGAGGCGAGACAACUUCCCAAAGGCACCUACGUACGACUUAGACCACUAGAAGCAGGCUACAAUCCAGAUGACUGGAAGCCUCUUCUCGAACGACAACUGCGAGAGAAUUUUACAACGCUUAGCAAAGGUUCGAUGUUGGCAGUGAAGGGUGCGCGCGGUGAGGAGUUUAAGCUGCUCGUGGACAAGGUCGCGCCUGAAGGAGAUGGUAUUUGCGUUGUUGAUACGGAUCUCGAGGUCGAUAUUGAAGCCCUGGACGAGGAGCAAGCACGAGAAACACUACGGCGAAUCAUGUCUGCGCAACGAGGAUCUUCGGACGGAAGUUCUACAGGCGGCGAGAUUGAUAUAUGGAAGCCUGCAGAAGGGCAGGUUCUUGAGGGUGAAUACGUCGAUUACACGCUUCCGUCAUGGAACAAGUCCCAACCUCUUGCUAUUGAGCUGCACACGGGAGAAGACGAAGAUGCGCUUGACUUAUUCGUUACGCCAAAGUCUUCCCGGCAACGCGCAUUACCGCGAGAGGCUGUCCAUGUCUUUGGCGACUUUUCACCAGCGGUCAAUGGGGUAAAGAGGAUUGUGAUAAGCCCCACCAAUGUCGAGCUUGAAGGGGCCGAACAGAUCACGAUAUCAGUGCAUGGCUAUAAGCAGCCAGAUGCCACAGAAGGGUCUGCAAAGACAUUGCGUUACUCAUUACGAGCGAAAGUAGACUUACCCGACUCAACGAAGGCCGAAUCGAACGCGACAACGAAUGGGACGAAUGACCACGAGCAUUCUCCUGAAGAAGAGCAAUGCAGCAACUGCUUACAAUUUAUUCCCAAGCGAACAAUGGUAUUACACGAGAACUUUUGUCGGAGGAAUAAUAUUGUUUGCCCUGGCUGCAAGUCUGUAUUCAAGAAAGGGUCUCCAGAAUGGGAAGCUCAUUGGCAUUGCGACAAAGACAGUGCUUUUGGCAACUCGGCGACGAGCAGGGUAAAGCACGACGACAUAUUUCACACGGAACGGCAAUGUCCCCAUUGCGAAUUCUCUACAAACUCACUGGCCGAUUUGGCAAGGCAUUCAACAAGCGUGUGCCCAGGAAAACUAAUUCUUUGCCGCUUCUGCCAUCUUGAAGUGCCCCAAGAGGGAGACCCCUUUAACCCAAGCCCAGAGGUGGUUCUGUCUGGGUUGACGGCACAUGAGCUUGCUGAUGGUACGCGCACAACCGAGUGCCAUCUCUGCGAUAAGAUUGUCCGACUGAAAGACAUGGAGACACAUCUCAAGCACCACGAGCUUGACAAGGUAUCUCGACUAACGCCGCCAAUUUGUCGCAACGCCAACUGCGGACGUACUAUGUUUGGAGUUGGAUCAAGGGGCCAGGUCCGCCAAGCGGCUUCCAGCGAACAAGCUUCAAACGAUGUCGGUCUUUGCUCCAUCUGCUAUGGCCCGUUGUACGUGAGCAUGCACGAUCCAGAAGGCAAGGCUCUCAAACGCCGCAUCGAAAGACGAUAUCUCGGACAACUCAUGACAGGCUGUGGGAAAGCUCACUGCGGAAAUACAUGGUGUAAGACAGGACGCGCCAACGCAGGUCUCGAACCCAAGCCUUCAAGCGCGCGAGAGGUCCUACCCUUGGUGAAGCCGCUCCUCGCCGACAUCACGAAUACGAAUGCGCCUUUGUACUUCUGUACGGACGAGACGAGUCAGAGGAGCCGGAAAUUGGCGGAGAUGAUGGCUGCGGAAGGUGUUUGGGAGGUUGAGUGGUGUAUUGCUGCGGCGGAGGUAGAGAAGGGGAGUUUGGAGAGGAUGAGGGACUGGCUGCAAGCAUGGGCGCCAACAAGAUAA